GUUACGCUGUCACGCCUUGUCACGCUGCCGGCGGUCGCGCGACGGUCACCUGACCGCGUCUGGCACGUCAGCCUCGCGUCGCGGAUUGCGCCAUCGUGCGCACUUGAGUCUUGGUCGCUCACAGGAGUCACAGGCAGCCAUGGCAGUACGCACAGACAACAGACGCCCUGCUGCUCUCCUGUACCAGCAUCUGUCCCCCCUCGUUGCAACACUAGCAGGCAAUAAAUCAUGGACACCCUCUCCGUCGAGCUGCACGCGCAGAUAUUCGAGUUUGCGUGUGUCGACGACGGCAGCACCGCCCGCGCGCUGUCCCUCGUCUCCCGCUACGUCCACGCGGUAGCGCAGCCCUUCCUCUACCGGUCCCUCGCCGUCGAGGGCCUCGAGCAAAUACGCGCUCUCACCGCGCGGCUCGCCCCCAACCCGCACUAUCUCCGUCGCGUCCGCCACCUCUACCUGGCCGAUCGUAAAACGACGUCCGACAAUCUCCGCGCGCCACACGCGCAUCCCGCAAGCGACGCGGACCUGCUGCACUACGAGGAGACGCAAACCGCUGCGGCGCGCCUGCUCGUCCUCGCCGCGCCGACGCUCGAGACGCUUGCGCUCGCGGCGGACUGUCCAUUCACGGGCACUGCACUCAUCGCCCAUCUCUUCGCGCUCGAGCUCCCGCACCUACGCGAGCUCGCCGUGCGCGGGUUCUACCCAUACCCGGCGGGCCCGUACGCGGAGGAGCCGGUCAUGCUCCGCCUGGAGCGACUGUACCUCGAGGGGAACAGGAACCCGCACGGGCUCCUGACUGUUAGCGGCCUGCGGGAGGCGUGCCCUGCGCUUGAGCAGCUCGUCAUCUCGGGGGUCGUCGCUGCGCAGGGAUUCGCGAACGAGGCGCAGACGGUGGUC